AUCUGGAAUUUUCUUGGUGGAGACAAGGCACUUGAAUACUUCACUGGGUAUCUUUUGGAGGAAUCUUUGUCUGUCGAUAACUUGUUUGUAUUUCUCCUUCUCUUCGAGUAUUUCAAAGUUCCUCAAUCACAACAAAAAAAAGUUUUAUCCUAUGGAAUAUGGGGCGCUAUCGUGAUGAGGGCUGGAUUCAUCUCAGCAGGUCUAGUUGCAAUCCAGCAGUUUCGUGGAGUUCUCUUGGUGUUUGCUGGACUUCUGAUGUAUUCUUCCUUCAAGAUGCUCACCGAUGCAACAGGAAAAGAAGAGGAAGGAGAUGAAGCAGAUAUCAGCGAGAACUCGAUCGUGAAGUUUGCGAGCAAACUUGUCCAAUCUACCCCGGAAUAUGACGGCGAUAGAUUUUUCACGCUUGUUGAUGGUGUGAAGAAAGCGACCCCAUUGUUCCUGGUUCUUCUCUGUGUCGAAUUCAGCGAUGUGAUGUUUGCGGUCGACUCGAUACCUGCUGUCUUUGGAGUCACCGAAGAUCCUCUUAUAGUGUUGACUUCCAAUAUCUUUGCAAUCAUGAGUUUGAGGGCAUUGUAUCAAGUACUGGCGCAGCUAGCCAAGGACUUGAAGUAUCUUGAGACUGCAGUUGGAGCUGUGCUGGGCUUUGUGGGUCUAAAGUUGGUUGGCGAGUAUUUCGGGUUUGAGCUUCCAGAGCAAGCUUCCCUGUCUGUCGUGAUCGGGCUCCUGGGCACUGGGGUGGGAGCAAGCAUCUACGAAAAGAGGCAGAAAUUCAAGUUGCUUGACCUGGACAACGAUGGUUUCCUCACCAAGGUUCCUCCUAGCCUGCCUUGUUGCACAAAUGUCUUAACGAACUUGCUUUUGCAGGAGGAGCUUGAAAAGAGCGGGUUGGAUGUAGAGGAGGUCAAGUGA